UCGAUCACAAAACUCACUACAUAUACAUGCGGCAAUCUCAGAGUCCCACUGCCGACCCGACAAACACUCAAAAUUCGAAAUUUGAACUUGCGCUCCUCCUCCUGUUCCUCCAGGUGAACUGAAACCCCCAAAAUUCAAACACACAACAGAAACAAACAUCAGAAAAUCAGAACUCGUCAUCUGAUCUGGUCCCAAUCCCAAAUGGCCGCGGCCAACUCUUCUGAUCCCUCGAUUCCCUCCACUCCUCCUCUCCCCGCCCCUGCUCCUCCACUCUCCUCCAGCAAGGAGAAUGUGACCCCGAUUGGCUCCAAGCUUGCGGAAUUGAAUGAAUCGAGGUCUGAGCUACUUGGUAGAAUUCAAGGGUUGAAGCAGGAUUUGCAAAGUUGGAGGUCAAAGUUAGACACUCAAGUGAAAGUCUAUCGCGACGAGCUUUCAGAACUCAAGAAAUCCCUCAACACCGAAGUGGAUCAACUUCGAUCUGAAUUUCAAGAACUGAGGACCACUCUUCAGCAGCAGCAAGAGGAUGUUACAACUAGUCUUAGAAACUUGGGGCUGCAGGAUGUCUCAGGAGAGAAAAAAGAAGCCCAAGAUACCGAAGAACCAAAUGCUUCAACCAAGGUGGAUGAAGCCAAAGAAGCCGAAAGCUAGAUUGAUUUUUCCUCAGAGCAUGCAUGGCACGCGUUCAUUCCUGAGCAAAAUCUGAUUCUUCGCGAAUCUGUAAUUUGUUAUGGUGGUUUAGUUAAAAUUUGCCACAACCUUGUUGACUUGCUUAACGCACAACUCUCUUCUAAAUAAAUUAUGUAGAAUUUUGCUUUAA